CAGGCAGAAGGAACCAGUUACAUGAAGACGGCGUUACGUCCCGCGGCUCAUCAAUGAUUCACCGGCAGCUUGUAACAUUGUGUUUUUCAGAUCUGGAGGGAACAACAGGUUCAUGCAAAUAGCUGAGAGGACGAGCCUCCUCUUACACACACAUGCCUCCUCCCUCCUCCUCCUCCUCCCUGUGUGGGACAUCCCAGAGUAUAAAAAGAGGUGACUCUCCUCAGAAGAUACAACUGACCAAGAAGAGGACAGAGCAGAAAAGGCUCCUGAAAACAGACACACACCUCGACUGAUGAGGCCAAACUGAAGGCUCCGUGCUCCAGACAAACUGCCAAAGGCUAUAGCCCACUCCCAGACCUCCUCUUCUCUUUCCACUCUCUCUCGCUCCAGACUCCUCCGUCAUGCCUCCUCAGCUCCAGUCCCAGAACCAGAGCAGUCCCAGGAUCCUGCAGGGCGACAUCAGCGCCCUCAGCCCGGCCGUCAGGGAGUUCGUGGACGCCAAUGUGACUCUGUGUCAGCCCGACUCCAUCCACAUCUGCGACGGCUCCGACGAGGAGAACCGCGCCAUCCUGACCCAGCUGGAGGAGCAGGGGAUGAUCAAGAAGCUCAGCAAAUAUGAGAACUGCUGGUUGGCCAGGACCGACCCAAGAGACGUGGCUCGUGUUGAGAGUAAGACCGUGAUCGUGACUCAGGACCAGAAGGACACAGUGCCUACGCCCGUUGGUGGUGGAGUCAGCCAGCUCGGCCGAUGGAUGUCCCAGGAAGAGUUCGACAAAGCCAUGGGACAGAGGUUCCCCGGGUGCAUGAAAGGUCGCACCAUGUAUGUGAUUCCCUUCAGCAUGGGUCCAGUUGGUUCCCCUCUCUCUAAGAUCGGCGUGGAGCUGACGGACUCUCCCUACGUGGUCGUCAGUAUGAGGGUGAUGACCCGCAUGGGGACCGCCGUGCUGUCCGCUCUGGGGACUGGAGAGUUUGUCCGCUGUCUGCACUCCGUCGGCUGUCCUCUGCCGCUCAAAAAGCCCCUGGUGAACAACUGGCCCUGCAACCCUGACCUGACAUUGAUCGCACACAUCCCCGAUCGCAGGCAGAUCGUGUCUUUCGGCAGCGGCUAUGGGGGAAACUCCUUGCUGGGGAAGAAGUGCUUCGCUCUGAGAAUUGCUUCACGUAUCGCAAAGGAGGAGGGCUGGCUGGCAGAGCACAUGCUGAUCCUGGGCAUCACCAACCCCGCUGGAGAAAAGAAGUACAUGGCCGCAGCUUUUCCAAGCGCUUGCGGGAAAACAAAUCUGGCCAUGCUCUGCCCGACGCUGCCCGGCUGGAAGGUGGAGUGCGUAGGAGACGACAUUGCCUGGAUGAAAUUUGACGAUCAAGGCAACCUACGAGCCAUCAACCCAGAGAACGGCUUUUUCGGAGUAGCCCCAGGGACCUCAGCCAAAACCAACCCCAAUGCCAUGGCCACCAUCGUCAAGAACACUGUUUUCACCAACGUCGCAGAGACCAGCGAUGGCGGUGUGUACUGGGAGGGCAUGGACGAGGUACUGCCCGAGGGAGUCAGCAUCACAUCCUGGAAGAACAAGCCCUGGAGCUCCCAAGACGGUGAACCUUGUGCUCACCCCAACUCUCGUUUCUGCACUCCGGCCGAUCAGUGUCCCAUCAUCGACCCACAGUGGGAGUCCCCAGAGGGAGUCCCCAUCGAGGCCAUCAUCUUUGGAGGGCGCAGGCCAGAAGGUGUCCCUCUGGUGUACGAGGCUUUCAGCUGGCAGCAUGGCGUGUUUGUCGGAGCAGCCAUGAGAUCUGAAGCCACCGCUGCUGCUGAACACAAAGGCAAGGUGAUCAUGAACGACCCCUUCGCCAUGCGUCCCUUCUUCGGCUACAACUUCGGACAGUACCUCUCUCACUGGUUGAGCAUGGCUGAUCGCGCCGGUGCCAAACUCCCCAAGAUCUUUCACGUCAACUGGUUCCGCAAGAGCCCCACCGCCGGAUUCCUCUGGCCGGGCUUCGGCGACAACAUCCGCGUCCUGGACUGGAUGUUCAGGCGGCUGAACGGCCAGGCCGGCGCCAUGCCCUCGGUGGUGGGUUACCUGCCCUGCAGCGACUCCCUGAACCUCCAGGGCCUGCAGCAGAACGUGGACCUUGAUGAGCUGUUCUCCUUGGAUCAGGAGUUCUGGCAGAGGGAGGUGGAGGACGUGAGGAAGUACUUCGACACGCAGGUGAACGACGACCUGCCUAACGAGGUGGCCCGGCAGCUGGAGCUCCUGCAGCAGAGGGUGAAGCAGAUGUAAAGAGAGGAAAUUAGAAGGAUAGAAUAACGUGUUAGCAUCUCUGAUGGAGCAUUUUGAUAAUUCUAGAACUCUACUUACUUAAUUCCAGAACGACGGAUGGUAGAUCUGUGACGGUAGAACGGAAUGUGAGCGAUUCUAGAACGUCUGAAUUUAAAAGAGAAUUCCUUGCGUGGUUUUUCGUUAGCUAGAAAUCGUCCUCCGGCCUCUGAGAGCUAAGAACGCUAACAUGAAUGUUUCUCUUCAGUUCUGUUUCAAACCAACAUAAUUUUCCUUCUCUGUGUCAUUUUACUAUUUAAUGAUAACUUAUUGUAAACGCACAUGAAACCGUCUCUGUGGAUUUGAAAGGCACAGAAGGAGUAGAUGAGUCCUUUAGCUCUCCAGUGUUUGACCUCCUGAAGGAGGUGGAAAUGAAUGUUUUUUGUUCCUGUUAUUAUUUGAGCCUUAAUUUAUUUUUAUACACGUGUUGGUAUCUCAUGGUUCUGUUUGUGUUGUAAUCUUGAACCCCGAAGAGGGGAGAUGAAAAUAAAGUUAUUUAAACUCGAAA